AUGCGUUUCAACCUCCCCACCGUUCUUCUCGCCAACCUGGCCCUCAGCAGUGCUGCCGCCAUCCCCAAGCCCGUCGUCGAAGAGCGCGGUCUUCUCGGUUCCCUCCUCCAGACUCUCGGCUGCCUGACUGGUCAGAACGCCAAGUCUGCCUCUGCUGGCCACGCCUCCUGGAUCGGUAACGACGGCGACUAUGUCACCGAGUUCAACAACGAGUCCGGCGAGGACCUCGUUCUCGUCAUGUGGGGCCCCGUCGGUUCCUGGGUCAACGUCCAGGCUCCCCUGAUCACCUACCAAAUUGCCAACGGCAGCGCCGUUAACGUUUCCACCGCCACUGGCACCUCCGGCGGCUGGGCCGCCCUCUACGAGGACACCAAGAUGAUCAACGGACAGGUCAGCAACACCUGGGGUGAAUUCACCUACAACGGCCAGUACUCCACCGUCGACGUCUCCCGCCUUGUCAACAUGAACGGCCGCAACAUGAGCAUUGAGGGCGCCCAGUGUGUCUCGGACAUGGAGCAGUGCGUCUUCACCUGCGACUCUGGCGACUCUUGCGAAUUCGGCUACACCCUUGAGAACUGCUCUUCCCAGCCCGGUGCUCAGUCUGGCAUGUACGCCGGUGCUGCCAGCGGUGGCUGCUUCGUUGGUCAGAACAACAACUUCGUCCGCACCACCUUCUCAUAG